AUGAAAGUACUUGUACCUGCUUCAACAACCACAACAACGGAAAAUUCAUUCAAAUCUUCCUCAUCCACGGAAGAUGGAGAUGAAACGACACGUUCCGAUUCAUACCAACAACAACAAGCAAUUUUUUGUUUUCAAUGUUCGGAAGAAGGUUUUACUGAAGUUGCUACUUGUUUUUGUGAAGAUUGUAAGCUUGGCGCGGUGACCACUCGAAUCCAUCUCACCGAGCCUCACAUCAAGCUUGCACAUUAUUUCUGUUCCUAUCAUGGCACCAGACAUUCGAAAAGUAAUCCGAAUCAUCAUGUUAUAAAACCAGUAGUGUCGAGCUCUCAAAAUGGUGUCACCAAUGUGUCAUGCCAACAACAGGUUGGAGCUCCUUCGUUUUAUGCAACAGUUGGUAGCCUGGACUCCUUCUCCUCGUCAGUGUCAUCUUCCAUCGAGUCUUCUCCGAGCAUGAAUCAUUCGUUUUUCAGUCAUUCACAACAACCACUACCACCGCAUUAUUUCUCUCCUUCUCUUUUAUCUAACCACUCACCUCAUCUCCAUACUAUUCCCUUUCAUAAUAAUUUCAUUCAUAAUUUCAUGUCGGGCGGUAGCAAUAAUAGUCGUCGUCCUUUCGAUGCAGCUCACCUUUCGGAGAGUCCUAUUGAGUGUAAUCAUAACUAUCCGAUGUGUCAUGAACAUCAAAUUCCUAUUAACACGUAUUGUCGAACGUGUGAACAGUUAAUUUGUUCGGUUUGUGCCUUAUUUAAAUCUCACACUGGACACAUGUUUGAUUUCAUUCAAGAUGUAGAGCAGAGAGAGCGUCAAGAGAUUAAAGAGAGUUUACAAAUCAUUCAAAACGAGAUUGAACGUUGGGAGGAUGAAUUUCAAACCUCUGAUUCUGAUUUAGACAAGACCUGUAUGCGUAUUGAUCAAGUCCAAUUAGCACUCUCUCAUAAAGUUCAAAACGUCGUGGAUGAAUUAAAAAGAAAGUUGGAUGAACACUCGAGAAUUAUCAAACAAAACAUUGAGGAAGUGUGUCAGGAACAUAAAAACGUGAUUCAUUCCGUUCAGAAUAUCAAACAACAAGUAGCGAAUCUGUAUUCAGAAUUUGAUCAUUUAGAUGAAAUGAGUGGAUUUGAUUUGAUUGAGAAAAAACUCUCACGUUUGAAUGCUCUAUUUUCAUUGUGUGCCAAAUUGAAGAAUGAAUUUCCAUACGAAUCGACACGACAAUUGUAUGACAUGAAAAUUGAAAUUGAUGAACAAGGUGUGAAAGCCGCUUGUGAACAAAUAGAACAACUUUCUCAUAUUGUAAAAAUUGAACCCUUAACAAGCGAUCAGUCUGUUGGUACCAAUACGAAUGAUCAGAGUCAUGAUUUAUUAGAAACCCUCAAAAAACAACAACCUAGUUUCAUGAAAAAGUCAAUCUCAAUAGUAUCCAAUUCUGAUGAAAAUUCGAACCGUUUGAACUAUGAAUCCAUUGGAUUUAUUGGAAAUGCAUCCAAACGAAUAUUAAGGCCAACCUCAACAAGUAAUGCUCCUCCUCAACAACCAUCCAAUGUUUCACAAACAUUUUCUACUACACCUCUCAAAUGUCCAACAGAUGUUGCCAUUUCCCAUCUUCAUUCGUGUCUAGUAGUGAGUGAGUGGGGCCAGCAACAAAUUCAUCUCUUUGAUUUGUAUUCCAAACAACUCAAAUACUCAUUUUCAAUACCGUCAGCACCCAGAAACUUGGCCAUCGAUUCGAACGUGACUCAAUAUCUUUCCAUUGUUGUGUCUGCCUCCGACAACUUGAUUUACAAGUACGACAUCGUAAUUCCACAUCUUUCUCCAAUACUUCCAUCCAAUCACACCACAAACAACCAUUCUCAUUUUCCAACUCUAUUGAAUCCUAAUAAGGAACGAAAAACAGCAACCACCUAUGACCAUCGAUUAGUAUGGAUUUCUGGCAAGCAACAAACAAACAACACCGAGUUGCCUCAUCAAUAUUUCAAGUAUCCAAGGGGAAUUGCUGUAGAGAAAGCCAUUCGAAAUCUCAAUAAUAAUUAUGAGAUUUAUGUGUGUGAUCAUGGAAAUCAUAGAAUUGUAGUUUUGAACUCUGUGGAUGGGUCCGUGAUAAGGACCAUUGGUGAAAGUACUAGCACCAUGAGACCCCAACACGACUCGAGUGUCAUGUCAAAUACUGAAGAGUCGAGCUCAAGAUCAUCUUCCCGAGACGAUGGUGCUUCAUUAUCUGACAGCAAUCGAAUCCAUACUGUAAAGUUUAAACGACCUUGGGGUAUUACACUGUACAAGAAUAAGUAUUUGAUUAUUUCAGAGAAGCGAGGAAAUAGAAUUCAAAUGAUCACAAGAGAAGGAGAAUAUAUUGCUGAAUUUCCAACUCGACAAGAUCUGGAAGUCAAUGAUCACCAAGAAAGCUCUGUUAAGAUUUACAAACCUAGAGGAUUAUUAAUGGAUCCCUCGAAUAAGGAUCAUGUGUUACUGGUUGAUGGAGGAAAUCACAGACUUGUGUUAUGCAAUAUUCGAACAGGACAAGUUUUGACAACAUUUGGCAAUUUGGGGAAUGGCAUCAACCAAUUCUAUGAACCUCAUGGAAUUUGUCUCAAUGAGCUGACUGGAGAAAUUUAUGUAGCGGAUUGCAACAAUCACUGCGUUCAUGUUCUUGGGCUUCCAAGUAAUCACCCAUAG